AUGGCAACAUAUUAUUCUAUUGCAUUAUAUUUGCAAGUACUUUCGUUUCUUAUAAUGACAUUUGGAAUAAUUAAAGUUUCAACCGAAUUACAUAAAGAAUUCAAUAUUACACAGCUGCUCGAAAUAGUACAAGCAGAAUUUGACUUUACUAUCGCGAACGAAGGCGUAAAAGGAAAUUUCUCAGAAUUACACGAUUGGUCUUCUAGUAUUGCUAUAAAUUGUACAAAAGGAGAAGCUUUUCGUGUGUACGAAAAUUUGACAACGCCGGAUAAUGCCAUGAAAUUAGCAAGUCAUAUCGAAAUACCUGAUGGACAAGGGGAUGUAUCAGGACAAUACAUAUAUACGGCUUCAGAGAAACAAAUGGAUAUUCAAAGUGCCAAUAUUAUCCUUGACGCGAUUUAUGAGUCAGUUGAUAAAGAAGUGCCAUAUUUUCGCACCGAAGAAGAAUUUUCCCCUAAUGCACCGCGAUACGCACCUUUACAAAUAAUACUUGAUUCACUAGCAAUCCGCUCAACACAAGUAGUAGAUACGUACCUUUCAUCAUCCGCAUGUACCACAAAUAAUGAAACUUUUCAUAAAUUUGCAGAUAGAUCAAUAUUCUAUAAUUCUUUAUCAGCCGGUUUAUCCUCAACAGUUUUAAAUCACGCUUCAAAGAGUUUUGGGGUGGACAUGAAGAUUAACGUGUUAAUUAACAUUAUGAGCGCAAUAGCAAUUCAGAUUCAUAUGGUAAAAUCCAUUGCAUCUUUAGCAAAUUUGGAUACAAAUGAUGAUGCUGUAAGAGCAUUAAUAUAUUUAUGUAUUGCAUCCGAUGGGGUAAAAAAUUCAAUGACUGAAACAACGAAAGAAUUUGCCAAGGCUUUAAUGCAAAAUUUGAUUUCGAAUAUCCAUGAUUCAACUUUAGCAGCUAUUAACAAGCGUGUAGCUAUGAAAUUGUUUACCAGGGUGGCAGAAAAUAAAGGAAUUAUCAAUUUGGCAUCUGCAAUCCCUUUUGUUGGAGAAUUAGUGACACUUAUUAGUGAUUCAUUGACAACCUAUUCAAUUGGUAAAAUUGCAAAAUACGUUUUUUGCCCAUUUGAAGAUGAUAAUCAGGAUACGAUAAAACUUUCAUCACCUCCAUACCCUGGAAACAUAGAGCUUUAA